AUGCUACAGUACAUGCGUAAAUUUCACAGAGAUGAUCAAUCAGCUAUUCUAGAAAAGUUCCAUCCCGGGAAGAAUGUUGGACUAGGCAAGGAUCAUACACUCUUCGCUCUCAUUGAUGGAUUAGUGAAAUUUGAGAAGUAUGGUCCUGACAAGAAAAAGGUGAGUGUUUAUCCACGUGAAGUGGUGCCUGAAAAUCCCAACAGUUACAGAGCAAGGAAAAGAGAGAAUUUCAGGCUACAGCGCGAGAAGAAGAAGGCAAGAAGGGAAGGAUGGUCGGUUCAACCACAACUAGUCAUGGCAUCUGCUGCUGUUGAAAAUGCUGAGGAGAAUCCAGUCUGCUGAUGAGCAAGAUCUUUAUAAGCUUUGUUUUGCCUCGUUCUUCCCGCUAUUUGGCUGAGUUUUUAGUUUUGUUAAUGUAAUCAAGUUGUUCACAACCUUUAAUAUUUACCAGCAUUAUAUAUAUUGUAGAUCAUUUGCACAGAAAGCAGUUCUGUACAAUUGUUUGUGAGUAGCUGCAAGAUUUUGUCAAAUUCUAAUUUGGAAGGCACUUUCAACUGACUGCUAACUUGCUAAGAGUUAUCAGAGCAUUGUUUCAAAGAUGUGUGAAAUUUU